CGGCAGAUCGUGCAGCACCUGCAGGACGUGGCGGCAGCGUACGACAUCGUGACGCUGCGGAGCGUCGGCCAGACGUACGAGGGCCGGGAGCUGUACGUGGUGACCAUCAACACCACAGCCAACGCCACACCCGCCAUAUGGAUCGACUGUGGCAUCCACGCCAGGGAAUGGAUCGCCCCGGCCACCUGCCUGUGGAUGUUGUCCGCCCUGACCGCCCAGUACGGCGUGGACGCGACCAUCACGGCGCUGGUGGACAGCCAUCGCAUCCAUAUGAUGCCUGUGGCCAAUCCUGAUGGAUAUGUCUACUCGUGGACCGAUGACCGGCUGUGGCGCAAGAACCGCAACCCGCUGGGGGGCGGCGGCUGCGCGUACCUGGGGGAAAUAGGGGCGUCCAACCUGACCUGUGCCAGCGCCUAUCAUGGUACGUGCUGGUACCUAUCAUGGUACGUGGUGGUACCUAGCAUGGUACGUGCUGGUACCUGGGGGGGCAUAGGGGCCUCCAACCUGACCUGUGCCAGCACCUAUCAUGGUACGUGCUGGUACCUAUCAUGGUACGUGCUGGUACCUAACAUGGUACGUGGUGGUACCUAG